AAUAUUACAUCUUCCGUACAUUCCUCUAGUGAGUUCCCCCAGCUUCUCCAUCAUGGUAUGAACGUGGGGUCCUUGCCACAUAAUGAGUCAUACUUGUUGGCUCAGCAGAAUGGCAGCCCAGUUAAUGUGCUAGAAGCAUCGAUGAGAUCCAUUACUCCUCAGAUUAAUGGGAAGCCCUCUAGUGAUGACUUUGAGCAGCUAAUCAGAAGUAUGUCCCAGGGUCGUCUUGUUGAAACCAUCGAGCUUACUAAACCUUCCAGUGGUGGUCUAGGUUUCAGUGUCGUGGGACUCAAGAGUGAAAACAGGGGAGAACUAGGAAUAUUUGUGCAAGAAAUCCAGGAAGGAAGUGUGGCACAUAGAGAUGGAAAGCUGAAGGAAGCAGAUCAAAUCCUUGCUAUUAAUGGACAAGCCCUUGAUCAGACAAUUACACAUCAACAGGCUAUCAGCAUUCUACAGAAAGCAAAAGAUAAUGUCCAGCUAGUUGUGGCCAGGGGCACAUUGCCUCAGCUCAUCAGUCCUGUAGUUUCCCGGUCUCCAUCUGCUGCUAGCACAGUUUCAGCCCAUUCCAACCCGGUUCACUGGCAGCAUGUGGAGACCAUUGAGUUGGUGAAUGAUGGCUCAGGUCUGGGAUUUGGGAUAGUGGGAGGAAAAUCAACUGGAGUGAUUGUUAAAACCAUCCUCCCAGGAGGUGUGGCUGAUCAGCAUGGGAGAUUGUGUAGUGGAGACCACAUCUUGAAAAUUGGUGAUACAGACCUAGCUGGAAUGAGCAGUGAGCAGGUGGCACAAGUUCUGAGGCAGUGUGGAAAUCGAGUGAAACUGGUAAUUGCAAGAGGUCCUAUUGAGGAGCUUCCUCCACCAGCAGUCCCUCCAGGUACACCGGUACCCAUCUGCACAUCAGAGAAACACGCAGAUGCUUCUGUUGGUAACUGUGAAGAUGGGGAGAAAUUUAAUGUUGAACUCACUAAAAACAACCAGGGAUUAGGAAUAACUAUUGCUGGUUAUAUUGGAGACAAAACAUCAGAACCUUCUGGUAUCUUUGUGAAAAGCAUUACAAAAGGCAGUGCUGUUGAACAUGAUGGCAGAAUCCAUGUGGGAGAUCAAAUUAUAGUUGUGGAUGGAACAAAUCUUCAGGGUUUUACUAACCAGCAAGCAGUUGACGUUUUGCGGCACACGGGACAAACGGUUCGGCUCACUUUGAUCAGAAGAGGUCUUAAGCAGGAAAAUCAUAUUCAGCCCCAGGAGGACUUCAGUGCUGCUGUUGAGAAGGACUUACUGUUCCAAACAAUGGAUAGUAGCACAGCCAAAGACACAGUGGUAUUACUUGCUAAAUUGUCAGAGCAAGUGUUGAAAGCUCUGCACUGCAUUGCACUUCUGGCUGAACUGCUUCAAGACUUUGAUCCUGCAAAUCUUCAAAUAAUAACUACUGCAGAAGAAGCAGUUACGAAGGCAAAGUGGCAGAGGAUUAUGGGUUCGAAUUAUGAAAUAGUGGUGGCUAUAGUUAACAAAUUUAGUGAAAGCAGUGGGUUAGGGAUAAGCCUUGAAGCUACAGUGGGACAUCAUUUCAUCAGAUCUAUCUUACCGGAGGGGCCAGUGGGGCGAAGCGGCAAGCUGUUCAGUGGAGAUGAGCUGCUGGAAGUGAAUGAGAUCUCUUUGCUUGGAGAAAACCACAAGGAUGUGGUCAAUAUCUUGAAAGAACUGCCUCUUAAAGUGACAAUGGUGUGCUGUCGUCCAGUAGCUCCCCUCAUCGCUCACCCAGAAGUACUGGAGAGUCUAAGUCUGUCUGACAUUCAGCUCACAGAAAAGGCUCACAUAGACCUUGGAUUCAUUGGCUCGUCAGAUACAGAGGGAACAGCUUUGGAAAUAGCUGACGAGGGUCAGAGUAUGGAAGAGGUACAAAGCUCUUCUUUGGCGAUGUGGGAAACGGAAGUACAGCACAUUGAGCUGGAGAAAGGGAGUAUAGGACUUGGAUUUAGCAUAUUGGACUACCAGGAUCCCGUUGAUCCAGCAAACACUGUAAUUGUGAUUCGCUCAUUAGUUCCUGGGGGUGUGGCCGAGCAAGAUGGCAGACUUCUUCCUGGAGAUCGGCUUAUGUUUGUCAAUGAUACCAAUUUGGAAAACGGCAGCCUGGAGGAAGCGGUACAAGCACUGAAAGGAGCCCCAACAGGAACAGUUAAAAUAGGAGUUGCCAAACCACUGCCUCUUUCACCAGAGGAGGGCUGUGUCUCUGCUAAGGAAGAUUGCUUUUUCUACACUGCCCAGUCACUUGAGGAGGAGGGGCCAGCUGAUGCAGCCCUCUUCCAUGCUGAGCUGGCUCUGGUGGACUCCGGCGAGGCAGAUCUAGUGGAUGAGUCCACCUUUGAAUCGCAGUAUUCUCUAGAGAGUGACGUCUUCCAGGCUUCAGGGAUAUCUCUGCCUGGCAGUGCCUGUAGCGGUGAGCUGAACUACAGCUUCUCUCUUCCAUUGUCGACUCCCAAGUCUGUUGGAGAGGAAUGUUCAAAUGUUGCAGAUGAUUUCUGUGUAUCUGACAAGAAUGUGUACGGCAUGGAUGUGAAUCAGAGAGUGAGAGAGCAAAAGUCUGUAAUGGGCAAUGGCCUGGAAACUGCAACUAGUUUCGCUAAAAAGGAUCUUCUGCCUCUGGAUGUUUCGGAUACCAACCAAAAUGAAAGUGAAAAUGCAGCAACAUGGACUGGAUCUCAGACAACAGCAGAAAUUGCACUAAGUACAAGCCUUGCUACUAUCAUGCAGCUUGAUCCUACUGGAAAAGAUCAAGUGCUUUUAAUGGAAAAGAGAUGCCCACUGUCUUUGGAGGGAAGUUCCACAACUCCAAAUUCAGUCAAAAACGUGUAUGAGAAGACUAUCACUAUUGCAAAAGGAAAUUCAAGUCUAGGGAUGACGGUAAGUUCCAAUAAAGAUGGCUCAGGAAUGAUAGUCCGCAGCGUCAUCCAUGGAGGCUCAAUAAGUCGUGAUGGACGGAUUGGUGUGGGGGACUGCAUCCUAUCCAUUAAUGAAGAGUCAACCACUAACUUAACCAAUGCACAAGCCCGAGCUAUGCUAAGGAGGCAUUCGCUCAUUGGACCAGAUAUAAAUAUUACGUAUGUGCCAGCAGAAAAUUUAGACGAGUACAGGGCCAGUUUGGGACAACAGACAGAGGGAGCUGUGCCACUUGAACUUUUUCCUUCACAUACUGUGAGGGAACUCCCAGAGCUUCCAGAACGUGAAGAGGGCGAGGGAGAAGAAAGUGAACUUCAGAAUGCAGCUUUCAGUAACUGGAACCAGCCCAGAAAGGUUGAACUCUGGAGAGAGCCUAGCAAGUCACUGGGGAUCAGCAUUGUUGGAGGACGAGGGAUGGGGAGCCGCCUGAGUAAUGGAGAAGUGAUGAGAGGGAUCUUCAUCAAGCACAUCCUGGAAGACAGCCCGGCUGGCAAAAAUGGAACACUGAAAACCGGAGAUCGGAUUGUGGAGGUGGAUGGGAUUGACCUCAGAGAUGCCAGCCACGAGCAAGCUGUGGAAGCCAUACGGAAGGCAGGCAAUCCUGUAAUCUUUAUGGUACAGAGCAUUAUAAGCAGACCAAGGAACCCUUCCCUGCCUUUCCUGCAGAACAGUCUUUUCUGUAGAUCAGCUGUCUUCAGCAGCACUAACCCGUUUGCUGAUUCUUCUCAGUUCAGCACUAACAAGGCAUUCGAUCAGUCUGAUUUAGAGACAGAAAAGACUUCGCUUUGUAACUUGCCUGUGCCCCCUCCUUCAGCAUUUUCAGGAAUGAGCUGUGAUGUUGCACAGUCAUCUUCUAGCAGGGUCCCAGAGGAUGUGGAGAAGGAGGAUGAGUUCGGUUACAGCUGGAAAAAGAUUGUGCAGCGCUAUGGAAAUCUGCCGGGGGAGCUACACAUGAUUGAGCUGGAAAAAGGAAGGACAGGUCUGGGACUUAGUCUUGCUGGUAACAAAGACCGAUCCAGGAUGAGUGUCUUUAUAGUGGGAAUUGAUCCAAAUGGAGCAGCUGGCAAAGAUGGCAGGUUACAGAUUGCAGAUGAGUUACUAGAGAUAAAUGGGCAAAUACUCUAUGGAAGGACUCAUCAGAAUGCCUCCUCAAUAAUCAAAUGUGCACCAUCUAAAGUAAAAAUAAUUUUUAUCAGAAGUAAAGAUGCAGUAAAUCAGAUGGCUGUUUGCCCUGCAAAGUCAGUAGAGGCUUCACAGUGUACUUCAGGGACACUUCAACGUCAAGAGAUUGAUAUCAGUGCUGCAAAUUCCAGUGCUUGUUUUGACUUCAGUUCAUGUAAAAACCUUCAGUAUGUUGAACUCCCUAAGGAUCAAGGAGGCUUUGGAAUUGCCAUUAGUGAAGAAGACACAAUUAAUGGGGUGGUUAUUAAGAGCUUGACAGAUCAUGGUGCAGCAGCAAAGGAUGGACGAAUCAAAGUUGGAGAUCAGAUCCUGGCAGUGGAUGAUGAAAUUGUUGUGGGAUAUCCAGUAGAAAAGUUUAUUAGUCUCCUGAAGACAUCCAAAAAUAUGGUGAGGCUUACAAUCAACUCAGCAGAGACGGAUAGCCUGACUGCAGCCCCAGUCCCUUCCAGCACUGCCCCAGCAGAGAGGAGGAAUAUGCAGCCACCAGCAACUGUCCCCUCUUCUAACUCACCGGAACCAGAAGCAGUGAAAAACACAAGCAGAUCUUCAACUCCAGCCACAUUAACCUCUGACCCAGCUACUUGUCCCAUCAUUCCUGGAUGUGAAACAACCAUUGAUAUCUCCAAGGGGCGGACUGGUCUUGGUCUGAGCAUUGUUGGAGGAGCAGACACUUUGCUGGGAGCAAUUAUUAUCCAUGAAGUAUAUGAAGAAGGAGCAGCAUCUAAAGAUGGGAGACUGUGGGCUGGGGAUCAGAUAUUAGAGGUGUGGUGGUUUCUUUGGUCAUUUUUUUCGUCAUUCGCUAGUGAUACACACGAUGAAGCAAUAAAUGUCCUCCGGCAGACUCCCCAAAAAGUUCGUCUGACUGUGUACAGAGAUGAGGCCCAGUACAAGGAGGAAGACAUGUAUGAUGUACUGAAUAUAGAGCUCCAAAAGAAGCCUGGCAAAGGCCUUGGACUGAGUAUUGUUGGGAAAAGAAAUGAUACAGGGGUGUUUGUGUCAGACAUCGUCAAAGGAGGAAUAGCAGAUACAGAUGGGAGAUUGAUGCAAGGAGACCAGAUAUUGACAGUGAAUGGAGAAGAUGUUCGAAAUGCUAACCAGGAGGCUGUUGCAGCUUUGCUAAAGGUCAGUGAAGGAAGUGGCAGUCUCUCAUCAUUCAGUGUCCCGGUUUCUGGGUCCAGUGCACCUGAGGUCAUUGAAAGUGGUCUAAAGAAGAAUACCACAGCUUCUGAAAUACAGGGACUAAGAACAGUUGAAAUAAAAAAGGGACCUGCAGAUUCACUAGGAGUGAGCAUUGCUGGAGGUGUAGGAAGUCCUCUUGGAGAUGUUCCCAUAUUUAUUGCUAUGAUGCAUCCCAAUGGAGUUGCAGCUCAGACUCAGAAACUCAGAGUUGGGGACAGGAUUGUUAGCAUCUGUGGAACAUCUACUGAGGGCAUGACUCACUCCCAAGCUGUUAGUCUCUUAAAAAGUGCUUCAGGCACUGUUGAGUUGCAGGUUGUAGCUGGAGGAGAAGUGAGUGUCAUAACUGGUCAGCAGCAGGAUCCACCUACAUCCAAUCUUUCAUUUACGGGACUAACUUCAACCAGCAUUUUUCAGGAUGAUUUAGGACCUCCUCAGUACAAGACCAUUACUUUGGAUAGAGGACCAGAUGGCCUAGGUUUUAGUAUUGUGGGUGGUUAUGGCAGUCCCCAUGGAGACUUACCCAUUUAUGUGAAGACAGUGUUUGCAAAGGGUGCAGCAGCAGAAGAUGGACGCCUGAAGAGGGGGGAUCAAAUCAUUGCUGUGAAUGGGCAGAGUUUAGAAGGGGUGACCCAUGAGGAAGCAGUUGCUAUUCUGAAAAGGACAAAAGGAACAGUCACUUUGACUGUUUUGUCGUGAACUGGCUGCCCAAAGGGGUAGGGUCAAUAAGACUAUGUUAUUUACAUUCCGUAUAGCAAAGAGAAUGGAAGUGUUUAUAUAGCCUUCUUGCUCUUCCAGCUUCACAGGACUGUGUUACAACACUGAUGAAAAAAAAACCAUUUAACCAUAUUUUUGUAUGCAAUAGAAGUAUUUCUUUUACUGUUAAACUACUGGGAUGGUGUUAUGUAAACUAUGGAAAGACAGUGAUAUUUUUCCUAUUAGUGUUAAAAUGAUUGCUUGUAAGC